UUUCAAAAUGUUAUCGCUGAUACCACAGGACUCACUCAACCAAGUGUGAGUCGAAUAAUUUCUAGUGUGACCAACAUCCUAUAUGAGAAGGCUAAAAUGGAAAUUAAAAUGCCAACCAAUAUCUAUGAUGUGAACAGAACAGCAGCCGCAUUUAGUUUUAUAGGUGGUUUCCCCAGAGUAAUUGGUGCCAUAGAUUGCACGCACAUACCUAUUAAGGCACCUAUUGAAAAUGAACAUAUUUAUGUAAAUAGAAAGAGUUUCCAUUCUCUGAAUGUGCAAGUCAUUUGCAAUGCUGAGAUGCUGAUUACCAGCUUCAGUGUCAAGUAUCCUGGUGCCACAAAUGAUGCCUUCAUUUGGAGAAAUUGCCCUUUAAGAGACAGAUUUGAGGCUGGGACCUUCAGAGAUUUUCAUCUGUUAGGAGACUGUGGAUAUCCUCUUGAACCAUACCUGCUGACACCCUUCCAUGACCCCAUGACUGAAGGUGAGCGGCAGUACAACAGGAGCCACAAAACUACAAGGGUCAUCAUUGAACAAACCUUUGGUGUCCUGAAGUCUCGCUUUCGCUGCCUUCACCGUUCAGGUGGAUCGCUGCAGUACGACCCCAAGAAGUGUGCUAAAAUAGCUGCUACGUGCAUGUGGCUCCACAAUAGGUGCAUAAGAAGAAGAAUUCCAAUGAUCGCACCAGUUGGGAAUGAUGAUGGUAUGAAUAAUGACAAUGACAUCAUACAUGGUGAUCACAACCCCACAGGGCAAGAUGUGAGGAGGGAAAUAGUUGAGGGCUUUUUCACCUAAAUGUAGACAGUUCAGUGACUAAGUGAUAUUAUGGUGCAUAUAGUAGUUGAAAUAAAUAUCUCAUUUGAAGAGGUAAUUCUAUUUGUACUUUUAUGUUACAUAGCAGGUGACAUAAAUAUGAUCUCAUUUAAUAACAGAUCCUGAACACUUUUGAUAUUUUGUUACUUACAUUUUAAUGCUAAAUAUACAGAUUUUUUUAAAUAUUUAUUUCUCUCUUCCCUCAAAAUAAUUACCCGUAGAGUAACAAAAAAAUAAACUUUCAACUAUAGCAUUUGAACUAGAAGCUUUUAUAUAUAUCACAUUUAUUUGUAUCAUAAAUAUAUUUACUCUUAUCACAGUAGAGCAGCGCCUCUGUGGUGCAGUGGGACGGAGAUAAGUCCUGCAUCCACGCUGUCACUGCCUUAUCACAGCAUUGUGUGACUAUAUAUUGCACUUUUAGGAUCUAAAAUAGCUACUGACUUUAAUAAGAAAGGUAAUAAAGGUAAUAUCUGUGCCCCAGGAUAGCAGUUUCUAGCCUGUCAAGCCUUGAACUAUUUUUUCUAGUAGGUCACCUAUUCUGGUAAGGUUGUCACCUAUUCUUGUAAGGUGUCUAUCUAGCAUCUCUUGUGUAUUAUUUUGAACAUUAAUAACUCUUUGGAGGCUUGCUGUCUCCUCAUGGCCACGGGUUGAUCCACGGCUACCGGACUGGCCUCGUCUCGGAGUGCUGUUUGAAGAGUUCGGCUCCUCCCUGUGGUAAUCAUGUUCAUUAGGAACAUGGUUUGUGUCUUGGGACACAGAUGUAACUGUCACUUCUCGGAUGGCUGAAGGACCAGUAGCAGGCUCCAGGAAUAUGUUUGCAUCCCUAGAUACUAGAUACAACUCAGCCAUGGCCACCCUCUUGGGGGAGGUUCCUGCGAGGGGAUGAGGCGUCGGAGGUUUACAUGCUGCCACACUAGUUGUUCUGGGAGGUGCUGGCUCUUCAUUCUCAAUGGUUGC